UCUAUAUAUGGCCCCCUGGUUCCUUCCCCGAAGUCCCACUUCCUCGCGGAUGUGCUGGAUGACUGGAUAACGCUAGAUACGAAGUAGGCAAGGUAAGAUAUUCCUGAAUUGCCCAGUUGCCUUAAUUGAUCUCAUUAAGGGUACCUAAAGUAAAACGGGAAACGGCCACCUUUUACGAUUGUUUAUUCUUCAGGUUGUUCCUUAGGUUAACACAUGACUCGAUAGCUAUCAACCCUCAUUUCAUAUUAUUUACAUUCUUUCAUAUUCUUCACAUCUCUCGUGGAUGCACCAGCUCAUGCGAUCAUCAGGCAACUCAUUCUUUCACAUUUAUAACUAGGUGGUAUUUGACCCGAAGCUGUUGAACAGCCUUGACCCACGCUCAUUUGGCCCUGCGCCCUCCGCCUUUCAAUUUUUUUUUUCGCCUUUCCCUUCUCAUCGAUCACUACUCCGCGAUUCGAUCAACCGCGCAGCUACUAAAUUCAAACCGCCCGCCGUCUUCCCUAACCAGAUCGCUAGAACCCCAUAUUUGAGAAUAUCGAAAUCAUGGCAGCUAAUCAGAAAGAGCGACCAACAUUUCGCCGGGACUCUCCCUCUCCCGAGAGGGCCCCUGGUCCCGCCAUAGGUCCUAGUAGGGCAGACUCAACUCGGUGUCUCUCGACUACUUCGUCCGCCUCUCGCGCCUCGAGUGCUGACGGUUCCUAUCGAGAUUCACUGGUCAGCGAUACGUCUAGACUAUCUUCUUCGAGCUAUGCCUCGUCACGCUUGUCCACGAUAAGCUUGGACAAGCCUUUGAAAAAGCGCGGGUUCACAAAACCGCAAGGGACAGACUUUGCCAACAGCGCAAGGCAUCGAGAAAGCGUUCUGAGUUUGGGAAGUAUAUCGCAUCUUCAGUACUACUUUGCAAGGACAGGGCUACUAGAUGGGAAAGGAGGGCGGCUAGCUAGAAAAAGGCACCCGAGAGCCACCUUAGACUUGUCCUUGUUAGAUCCCUCCGCCGCGCAGAACCGGAAAGCCUCAGGCUCGGAUGUGGACUCUUCUUACGCCUCGAUGGGCAGUAGCCCAGAUCUUGGUGCUCAGAAUAUUACCGGUGGUUCAACAGUCGAGUCGCCUACUGACGAUCCAGAAGAAUUCUAUUGGGAUGAGUACGAGGAACCAGACUUGGAUAUCUUGCCCCCGACUACGAGCACUUACAUUCACCGGGAGAAACAUAUCCCUAAACCUCCUACAAUCGAAGAGAUGAAAGCAGACCUGACCAAAGCGUUAGACGCUGCCUCGAAGGCUCUCACAGAAGCUACUCCGAAAGCGGGCAAUUCGUCAAAUCGUCCUGUCAAGCUAACGCAAACCGAAUACGAAGUCCAGGGAGUGCAAUUACUCGACCUGAUGACGCUAGCUAUUCGCGCUGCAAAGAUCUACUACACGGCGCACGAGCACCCAGACCGUUUGGACUCUAUCAAGUCCGAAAAGGAGAUACGCUCGGAGCUGCUCUCCGUCAUGGAGGUACUCAAGCAUAUGGCAAAUAGGUUAUUUGCUGGUGGUCCUCGUAGCGAAGAGUGCGAGACGAUGACCUCAUGGAUUGAAAGCAUACGCACCAUGCUCAGAAAAGAGGAAGAAAUAGAGAAAGCUGAGCGUGCCGAGAGAGCCAGUUGGACAUGGAUAAAGGGCGACUGGUCGGGAAGGGAAAUCGAGCGUGAGAUUGCAUUUUUAAGCUCGAUUGACACCGAAAACGAACCGUUGCCUCCGUGGACGCCAGUUGACAAGGCAACACAAUUGCCAACACCCUUCCUAGAAAGCCUGCAGAACGGUCUGAGGCUUGUCCAACUUCAUAACACAGCAGUCAAGAAGUCACGCCGACGCUUCGGCGCUAUCGGGGCCUUCCACACAGACACUCAGAAGCCAUACCGCUGUGCAGAAAACUUGCGCUACUGGAUCAAAGCGGCUGAGCUACGAUAUGAGGUGAUGCUGAAGGUGGACGUCAUGGGGGUGGUUUACAAUACUGAUCCCCAAGUAUGGGUGGACUUCGAAGCGGCCAUUUGGAAAUGGUGUCGGACAGUGCGAGAGGAGAUUACAACCGAAUGGCAGAAAGCAGAAGCGGAAGCGGAAGCGGAAGCACAAGCAAAAGCACAAGCUGAGGCGGCAUCUCAAUGAUAGAUGCGUUUGUGUGUAACGAGGACGCUGCUGCAUCACGAUUUACACCAUAUACCCCAAAGAGCAUAGUAUUGGCUGCACUGUACACUUUUGAUCCUUAUUGAGAGGUUCGAAUUGCAGGAUAAGUUAAUGAACGGAUCGAGCUUUUUUUAUUUCUAAUUCACUUCUUCCAUAGCAGAUAGCUUGUUUAGCUAACUUUUUUUUAAACUUUUUUUUUUUGAGAUAUACAAUACUUCAGACUUUGCAGCAAUGCAAGAAAACAUUCCCAGGCCAUUCGGCAUUAGUAUAUAUAUAUGUAUAAUAGACACCAUUUGCGUCUUGUUGAUAUUGGAAGGAUAGGUAUCAUACAACAAAGGACUGGGCGGUUAUUCAUUAUUAUUAUUAUUAUUAUUUUGUAUUUUACAUAGCUACUAGGUAGUAUUACAUCGCCAGUGCUAUUGAAUAAGGUUCCCAUUCGAUUCCAAUCCCAUAGACAUG